AACACUUUCUAAGAACGACUUAUCUAGACACGUCAUAUAUCAGCUGCCAAAUGGCAAAUCGAAAGAUGAAAAAUAUCGAUAGUUUCUUUAGCAAGAUUACCUCGAAUUUUCGCUAAUUACCAGUCAGUUUGCAUGUUGAUGACGUAAAGUUUCUUAUACAACGGUGUACAAGAUGAGUGCGGGACCAUUGGCAGUUGAAGUGAUUUGUACUUGUUGCUUGGCAGCCUUCUUGUUACAUCGAUAUGGCGACCUCAGAAAGCAGCACAUCUUGACCACUCUUACAACUUUUAUUGCUUGGUACUUCUCAUUUCUCAUCAUAUUCGUACUUCCACUGGAUGUUUCCUCGACAUUUUAUCGGCAAUGCCUCAAAGACAAGGCUCCAAAGAUCCUGACAACAACGCCCAAGUCUUCCAACAUAACUAAUACAACAGACCUCAAUACAACAACCUCCACACCGUCAACCACUGUCCGAAGGUUCGGUCAAGUCCAUGGACCUCCAUGUGAAAUUCCAUUAAGUCAUGUUCCUGAAAAUGUUCUUCCCACUUUGUGGCAAGUUGUAUACUGGACCUCACAACUGUUAACCUGGAUAGUGUUGCCCCUCAUGCAGUCCUACUCCACUGCUGGUAACUUCACUGUGGCUGGGAAGAUUAAGACUGCUCUCAUAGAAAAUGCUAUAUACUAUGGCUCCUAUCUACUCAUAUUCGGAGUGUGUUUGAUCUAUGUAGUAGCUAAAGCUGAUCUUAAGGUGGAUGCAGAGAGGUUAAAGGUGAUAGGAAUAACGGCCAGUAAUACCUGGGGUCUGUUUUUGUUGAUUCUGUUGCUUGGUUACGGCUUGGUGGAGGUACCCAGGUCUGUAUACUACAGUUCCAAGAAGGGCUUUGUUCUCUCUAAGAUAUACUUCAAGAUCUCUAAACUAAGCACCGAUAAAACAGAGGCUGAUGAAGCGCUGGAGGAUGUUUUAGAUGAGAUCAAGAAAGUUUCAGAAAAAAUAAAAUACAACCACCCUUUGAGGAAACAUGUGGAUACCAUUUUGCUGAAGUGUCCUGAGACAAUGCGUCACACGGUGAAGCAGAACAAUGACGACUACGAGGAUUAUAACAGAGGCAGUAUUGACAUACCAAGUGAAAAGGCGCUCGUGAAACUGCACAAACGAGUUAUACAGGACUCUCAGAAUCACCACCGCACACACGCUCAGUGGAACUCUCUGAUGCAGAAAGCCAUUGAUUUGGAAGAUGUAGAGAAGAAUGAACAGAGUGCUGUGAAAAAAUUCCAAAGGUCACAACACUCCUCCCCAACACUGCCGGCUUUUUUACGAAUUGUGUAUACACCUACUGUUGAAUGGUACUGGCGGUGUAAGUUCUACUUCUGGACAAUGAGGGUGUGUGGUGUCCUCCUGGCCAUUGUGACAUUCAUGGUGGUCUGGUCAGAGUGUCUCUUUUUUGUGAAAGACCCUGUCUUGUCCUUCUUUGCCAUCUUUAUCAAUGUUGCCAAGCAUAACUAUGAUUAUGUUUAUAUUGAGUUAUCCUCCAUUUUGGUCAUCGCCUAUCUCUGUUUCUGUGCGUACUACAGCGUGUUUCAGAUCCGAAUACUCAACUUGUACUACAUAGCACCACAUCACCAGACUGAUGAUUUCAGCCUCAUGUUUACUGGCAUGAUGCUGUGUCGAUUGACUCCACCCAUGUGUCUGAAUUUCCUCGGCUUGAUUCACCUUGACAGUCAUAUAACAAAGGAAGAGAACUUGGAGGAAACUUCAUACACACAGAUCAUGGGACACAUGGACGUGAUCUCGUUUAUCUCGGACGGCUUUAACAUUUACUUCCCCAUGAUCCUGGUACUACUGUGUCUCUGUACGCUCUUCAGCCUCGGGAGUCGGAUCCUCCACUUCUUGGGGGUCCAGCAGUUUAUUGGGGAUGAUGACAUGACCCAGGAGCUUGUGGAUGAAGGCAGGCAGAUUGUACAGAGAGAGAAAAGGAAUCGAGAUAGAAAACUGGACAGUGCUGAAAGAAGACGGGAGUGGACUGAAAGGUUUGGAGCGACCUCUCGCUCUUCUGACCGGGUCAUUGGUUCCAGAGGUGACAGAGAAAGAGAGAAGGAGCGAGAGACAGUGGCCAGAAGUCCAGACGACAAUGACAAAACAGAACUUCUGAGGGAAGCUGAACCAAUAGACUACACAGGCGAACUGACAAGUACAACAGAAUCAGAUGCCGACUUUUCUCAAGGAUAUCAGCGGGGCCACGCUCUCAGGUCCAACAGAAAUAGUUCAAGGACUUCUAGUGCACCCCCUAGAGGAAUAUUUAAUGAUGUUUGAUAAAGAGAGUGUUGAUAUUUGUUAUAUUUAAUGAAUUUUGUAAAUUGUUGAAAAGAAAUCAUAAGAGACAAAGAAUGAGAGUAAAAUUUCCUUGGAAGGCAUCGAUUAGACGGAUUCAUUUAUUCAUUAGGGGAGGACAUCUAUCCUUGUUUUAUGAUGGUGUUUACUGAAAUCAUUGAGGAAAACGAAUCUCUAUUAAGGAUUCAGCAUCCUUCUAUUUAAAAGCUUCCCAGUGUCUAAUAAUUCCUCUAUUACUAUUCUAAUGUUAGACAUCAUCACAUGUUAGCUUCUGACUGUAUCUCUCUGUGAGAUUUAUGUAGUAUUUCCCGUAAUUCACUGCGAGAUCCUUCAAAUGAAAACACAGGGGCCUUUCACAAAUUCCCAGUUUCAGAUCGACAUCAAAGCUUAGAUAUACAGUCAAAGGACAUGAUUAUUCACCACUUCAAAAUGGCCGUCGUACUUUUUACAUUGUAAGUACUUCUCACCCAUAGCAUGUUGAUAUCAAAAGCUAUAAAGUUCCUCCAUCUAAAUUCAACAUUGGUUACCAAUGGGCAAUGAUUUUCUUUUUGCAUCUUAAGACCAGUAACAUUUUCUCUAUAAUCUAGACAAUCUAGUUGGAAAUAUUCAAUUCAAUUCAUUUACUGACAUCACCAUGUUGGCAUACUGUCAAAAUAACGGAACAAAUAUAAAAGAAAGAAUUUCACGGACCAUCAUGUGGUCAGACUUUGUAAACAAUCACACAACAAUAUAUUAUUUACCAACAUCACAACAUAUGCAUUUUAGCAUUACUAAUCCUAUCCAAGCUGUUCUGUCCGUAAAAUUCUAAGAGAUGAAUAUAACUCGAUCACAGUUUUGGGUGUUUCUGAAAAUGAAAGACAUGGAAAAUGAUUGCACAGCUUGAGAAGUUAGGUGUGUACCGGCUUUCAGGAGAUAGACUUUCAAAACUGGGAGCCUCCUGGCAAUACAAGGGGACUUAACCCGUCGGUAUAGUUUCUGCGCUGAACACUUUAAUUCUUUUCUCAGGUCAUUUAGAACUGUUCUAGUCAGCAUCUCUAACAGAAAGGAAGUAGUUCUAGAUUUUAUUUGUGCAAUAUAUGUGGUAGAAAACAGCUGAUGGAGUUUUUCUUACGUGGUAUUCAGAUUUAUUCAAGUCUCUCAAACUUAAGUUCUCUUUGAUUGGAGAGAAUGAAACAAAAUGAGAUUUUUAUGCUAGUGAUCAUCAAUGAAUCGAGAACAUUCCUUUUAGUGUAUCAAGUCUGAGUGUUUGAAAAUUUUAAUUGUUUUGGAAUACAUAUUCAUGAAUAAAUGUGAAGGAUUGUAGUACAAGUAUUUAAACAAUGCAAUUUGAGAGUAUAUAGAGACACUGUUCAUUCUGAUGUUGUAAACCCACUCUUUGACAUUCCAUGAGUUAGAGUUAGCAAUACACUUAGUGGUAAAUGUAUACCAUUGUAAGCCUACAUGUUCUGAAAUCUGAUUAUAUGCCUAUGCUGUUUGUAUUAUUCCAUAGUUUUUCCCAUUUACAUUAUCAAACUAAUCCUUGAUUUAGUUGCCUACUUUAGAAUCAUUUAAAAUCGUGGGGGCCAAUUUUCAUUGAUUGUUGAGAUUAUACAGGUUUGUUAGGAUGUAAUUAUGUGGGUGUGAUUUCUAUGUACUGAAAAUACAAUGUAUUGUAUAAUUUGUGUAUUUCAACAUAGUUUGAAAUUUGUGGGACAAGGGUACCCAUGGAAUCCAUGGAAACCAAGUCCCCAUAAAAUUCAGUGAAACCAGAGUACAUGUUAAUGGUCGGUUUCCAUUUGUCAGUUGAGAAUUUUUCAUUUGUAAAAGUAGUGAAGAAUUGAACAUGUAUCUAUAUUACUUAGUGUAUCAGUUUGGAAUCUAAGUAUAUUACAUCAGUUUGGCAUUGAUGUGAUAUAGUUCAGUGUUGGGGAAAAGUGCUCUGUCAUUUUGAUAUGUUUAUAGCUAUUAGGAAUAUUAUAAAUUGUUUAAUAGAAAUUUUUUGGAUUUUAUGGAUAAAUCUAAUGAGAAUUCACUAAUAUAUAUUAUAUGUAGAGUAGGUCAACUUUUUUACCAGAGUUUUUCUUCACAACAUAUUAUCAACAGGCCAGUAUAUAUGAUCUGCAAGAGUCCCAUUUUCAUCUAUUUCAAACUUAGAAACACAGCUAACAUAUCUGCUGACAAAAUGAAAUUGGCAUUAGCUCACGAUAAGGAAAUGCUGUUUGGGUACUUAUUUUAUAAGGUUUUUAUUUUAUUAUUUUAUAAAAUUGAGCGCUAUCAAAGCUGUUCCAUUGGUGUUUUGAAUGCUCUUGUGUGCUACAGUAAUGUUUAGAUAAGAAACUUCAUAGAUUUAGAGCAAACAAUUAAGAAGCACUGAUGAUGAUGCUGUAGAUCCCCCUACAUCCGAGGUUUUUUCUGGAAUGAAUUGACUUCAGAGUAGAUUAUGCAGCAUUACCAUUUGUACAUCUUAGUGCAUUGGUUUCCAUGGUAACAGAUGCUGAAAUAUAAAUACUGCUAGAAUAAGUACACCUACAGGUUUGUGAGUCCAUCUGGUUAAAAUCAGCUGUUUAUUUGACUCUGUAUACUACACCACAGUUUCUGAACAGCUGAUUUUAAUCGAAUGUCUUUGUGCAUUAUAGAAAUAUCAAGAUUCAGAACAUUAUUCACAUUAACAAAUGGUUGUGUUGUUGAUAUUGUGAUAGCUAAUUUAUUAUCUUUGUGUAAUUUAUUACUGGUAUGUCAGAAUUUGGGUAGUGUUUGGUAUCAAUACUUGUUUGAUAUCUCUAUAUGUGACACCUUUGUGUCCUAGCAGUAUUUGUUAAUUUUCGUUCUUCUUUAAUCAAGCACAUUCUCUGUGUUAUGUUUAUAGUUACAUGUAUGUGCAUGUAGUAGAAGUAUUCAAUAUGUAUUGAAAUAUUUUAUCUUUAUUAGAACAUAUACAGAUUUCAAUUAUACACAUGUUAUAUUAAUAUUCAGAAAUAAGAAAUUAAUUUACUCCAAUGUUAAAUUGAUUAUCAGAUUAUGUAAUAAUUCUGACAAAUUAUAUGCAACUAUUAUAUUGGUAUGUAUAAACAUUUUAUAACUUAUGAUACAUAAAUCAUUACUCCCUGGACAGAGAAUAUAGAAAUGAAAUGAAGCGAGUAUUGCUGAUAUUGUAUCACUUAUUUAGCAUAAUUUUUCUGAAUUCUGAUGGCUAUCACCUGACAACCGAGUUGCUAUGGGAACUGCAGAGUCUUGCUCUUUCUUUCAUGCUAUAUGUCCCCUGUAUGAGGACCUCUAAACUUACCAAUUUUCUAAAGUGAAAGAUGAAGGUCACUAAGAGAGGAUAUUCCAAAAUUGCUUUUGUACAAAAUUUAAAGCGUGUUUUGAAUGAGAUUUCAAUCAAAUCAUGGAUGCCAUUUUUCACAGAAAUGUGGAUCCUGUUGAAUUAUGAGGUUAAAAGUCACAAGCUAAGACAAGUUCGCUUGAGGGGAAAUUCCAAAAAGUCCAGAUUCAUAUGUAGGGGAUUCCUUGCUUUAUAGGGCUCUUGUUCUGAAUGAUUUUUCUUGAGAAUGUGGUUUUAAAAUUAUCUUGAUAACAUUUCUCUUUACACUGCAUAUUUCUUUUUGUAAAUGGUCCACAUUCUUUGAAACUUUUUUCUUAUUGUACCAUUUAGCAAAGUGAAAUUAAGAUGGCUUUAGUUAUCAGAAUUUUUUUUUAAAUGUUCUUGAAUAUUUAAUUAUUCAUAUACUUGCACAAUACAGGAACAAUUUUAUGCUGUGCUUUACUCAAUGUGCAAGAAGAACUCAUUGCACAGUGUGGGUUGAUUUUUUUUUUCUCUUGGAAGUUCACCUAAUUAUGUAGUUCAAGGACAUUAGAUGCCAAAUUAUUUAGAUGCAAUUGUUCCGUUUUUUAAUGAUGAUAUUACAGCUAUGUUGGGAUACUUAAUGUUGUGGCAUUAAAACUCUAUGGCAAUUCUA